AUGACUUCAUACGAGGUCAAAGAUUCAGACCUCGAUGCCCUUGGAGGAAAGACUGUCCUCAUAGUCGGAGCCGCGACGGGUAUAGGUCGUUCAACCGUCUUGCUCGCCCAUCAACAUGGUGCGAAUGUGGCCAUAGGAGAUUGGAAUGAAGGGGAAGGAGAAGCACUCGCCACCAGCCUCAAAGAACGAGUCUUGUUUCAAAAAUGUGACAUGUCGAAUUGGGAAAGUGUGGUCGAUUUCUUCAAGAAAACAUGGGAAGCGUUUGGGGCGAUCGAUGUUGUCCUCGCCAACGCGGGAAUUCAUAGCGAAAAGACAUGGCUAGCCGACGCCUUGAGAGUCUCCGAGGAACUCGUCCAUCCUGACAUGAAUACGAUGAGGGUCAAUCUGGAUGGAAUGGUUUACAUGACACAGUGUGCGAUACAUUAUUUUGCAAGACGACCAGAAGUGAAGACUCAACUCGUCUUUACUGGAUCCGCAGCAAGUUUUCUCGACACUCCACCUCUAUAUCAAUAUUGUGCUUCGAAAGCCGGUGUGUUGGGAUUGAUGAGAUCACUCAGAACCGAUAUUCCUCGAGUCACGAAGGGCCAAACUACGGUCAACAUGGUGGCACCGUGGCAGACAUCGAUGACAUCGGAAAAGUUUUUGGAGAUAUGGGGUGAUUUACCUAGUAACAGCACCCAAGGAGUUGGCAAGGCGUUGUUGUUGCCCGCUCUACGUCCGGGGUUGAAUGGAUUGUCACUGUUGGUGCAUGGUGAUCAGAUUACGGACUUGGAAGAAAGUCUGGCUGCUACGAUGCCGCAGUGGAUGGGCCAGGAGUUGUCCGAGGAAGUGAGAGAAGGUCAACGACGAAUAUUGGGGGUAGAGAAAUGGUAA